AUGAGUGAAGACGAUAAAUCGUUCCAAGAAUUGGUUCAAUUCCUCGCCCCAACAUCUCCAUUACAACUCCGCCGAGGUGCUCUCGAAAUUGUGACUGGAAUCAGUGCGGCUCUCGAUGGUUCAGCUGGACAAUUCUUUCAAAAAUCCGAUUUUGCGCUGGGAAAAGCGAUUUGUGAAUUGUGUGAAGCGACAGCAUCGGAUCGAACACAGACCUUCACGGCUUUGACGAAUUUCGCAUCUGGAUCUAUUGAAAGUGCGGAAUAUGUUUUGAAACAAUCGAAAUGUGUUGAAAUUGCUUAUACAUCGAUGGUUGCUAAUGUGAGCAAUGGGUUUUUUGGGGAUGGGGAUUUUUGGGCUGAAAAUUGAGCAUUUUUAGCUUAAAAACACACACUGAAAUCUAUCAUUUUUGAAUAAUUUUGAGCUAAAAUUCGAAAAAUUUGGAAUUUUUGAGCCAGAAUUUGAAUUUUUUCUAUUUCAACCUGAAAUUCAUAAUUUUUGAAUAAUUUUGAGCCAAAAUUCGAAUUUUUCAUAAAUUCAGGAUUUUUCUAAAAGGAAUCAAAUGAAAUUUUCACAAAAAAUUCCAAAAUUUCUCAAAUUUGAACAAUAUUUGCUCAAAAUAAGCUGAAAUUCAUCAUUUUUGAAUAAUUUUGAGCUAAAAUUCGAGUUUUCCUGAAAGUUUUGAAUGUUUCAGAACUCAAUUACACAAAAAAUUACCAAGAAUUUAUAAAAAUGAGCAAUUUUUGCUCAAAAAUACCGAAAUUAGGCCAAAUCUCACUCAAAUACCACAAAAUCUGCAUAUUUUUGGUAACCUGACACCUUUUCCAAGUACUACUUAUCAAAAAGAGACUUUUGUAGGCCGAAAACAUAACAAAACAAGUGUUUUCUAGUGUGUCAAGUAGUUAGCCUAACUCAGAAAUCUCCAAAAAUCUCAAUUUUCAGGCGGUUUAUUCAUCGGUUGCCAGUCGACUUCUCGCAAAUAUUUCACGGCAUUUUCCGGAUCGAAUUGAUGAGAAAUUGAAAUUGAGAAAUGUGGAAUAUUUGAGCAUUUUGUUGGGUGAGUUUGUGGGGAGAUUUUUGAAUUUUCUAGAGGUUUUUGUCAGAAUUUUCAGGAAAAAUACUGUAAAAAUUUGAAAUUCUCAGAUUUUUGUCGAAAAACACGUCAAAAAUCUAGUAUUAAUUUUCUGAAACGUAUAUUUUUGGGGCUUUUGGAAAAUUGAAGAAUUUUGAAAUUUGAUCAGAAAUUUCAAGAUUUUCAGGAAAAAUAUUCUGAAAGUUUGAAAUUAUCAGAUUUUUCUUGAAAUUUGAUUUUUUGAGACUAUUUUAUGAGAGCUAUAAGCCAAAAAAGCACCAAUUAUUUUUUUAUUCAAAAAAAAAAUUUAAAACUUUGAUUUUUUAAAUGAAAAAUCUGAAUUUUUUUUAUUUUUCCAUUAUUUUCUCAUAAAAACUAGUGUGAAAUCCUCAAAAUUGAUUUUUUCUCCACCCAAUUUAGCCUAACUCUUGAACUUUCCAUAAGUUUAAACUAUAAAGCUCAUAACUUUUGCAAAAAAUACGGUAGUCUGAUUGUGAGUAUUUGCAAACAGUUAACACAAUUUUUCACGAAUCAAAAAGUUACUUUUUGCUCGUCUGUUUACUUUUUGAGUUACUGUAACUCGCCCAUCGUUUUUGACACAUUUUCACACAAAAAUGCCUACCUACAGUACUCCCUAAACUAAACAAACAAACACUUUUUUUCCACCCAAUCCAACACAAAAAAAACCGAAAAAAUGAUAACACUAAUCCCCUUUGCCGGCUUCUUUUUGCCGAGUUUUUUUGUUGAUAACACAACACAAGGUGUAUAAUUCGGCACUUUUUUUGGGGCCCAAAAUGAUAAAUUUCGGAAAAUUCGACCUCGAUUAAUCUAAUAAGCGUGUUGCCUUUUUCUUUUGUAACAGGAAAGGUCGCGAGGUUGGAAAUUGGAAUUUUUUUUUUGAUUUAUGGGAUAUGGGAGGAGGGGUGCCUUGAGAGAAGGAGCGGAGACUUGGCGACAUGGAGAAGGUCUAGCAACCGUUGCUUGUGAUCGAGAAGGGUCAAGGAGCAGAGCCUUGAGUGAAUGUGAUGUAUAGGAAUCGCUCCUUGGGAGAUGAUUGUGUCAAGGAGCGCAGUCUUAUGAAGUCUGGAAGGAAUCUAAUGUCAAGGAACCAUUUCUACACACAAUUUUUGCCUAAAGUAGUGAAGCCUUGAGAAAUCUUGAUGUCAAGUAGCCGAUUCUAGACAGGAUUAUGGUCUAAAGCCUCGGCGACUUGAAAAACAUGGUUUCAAGGAGUGGAUGCUUGAGAGAGGAUGGGGUCAAGGAGCCGUGCCUUGAAAUACUGGGGGUAGAUCCAACUUUGCUAUUACCAGAAUAUUUUUCCAGAAUUACCCGGUUUUGCAGAUCUUCUGAAGUUCCUGAUUCUAAUUCAAAUUCAAGCUGAAAAUUUUCAGUUCCACCUUACCGAAAGUCCCCAAUUUCGCACCCAUCUUCAAUAUUUGUUAGUGUUGUUUCUCACACCUUAUCAAAAUUCAUCAAUACGUGUGAAAUUAAUCCUAUUAUAACAGUGUCUUGAGACGCCGUGGCUCCAAAACUGUACUCUUGGAUUCGGAUUUUUCUUCUCCCCUCGAUCCCCAAAAAUUUUUCAACAUUUUCCCAUUUCGAUAGAUACAAACAGUAGCAUUCUGUUGUUUGUUUGAUGAUUAUAAGCGGGUGGUAAAAGUAACACGCACAGCAAAAUUCGACACGGUGUGUGUGUUAUCAGUGGAAAAAGUAGCACCAAAUUUUAUUGGCUCGUUUUUUAGCCCGCUGAUAAUAAAAUAAUAAUAAUUAUUAUUAUUUGAGUGAGUGUCAUAAAAUGUGUGGCAAAAAUUGGAUUGUUGGAAUUUUGGUCGGACAAAGUGGAAAAUGGAAAGUGGGCACAAAAUUAUUAAUAUAAAACUGUUUAAGAAGUCUUAAGGGCACCAAAAAUUGCUCGUAAAAUACCUUAGCUAAGGACCAAAAUAAACAGAUUUUUUGGCAAAAAUUCCAUAUGUAAACGUGGAUUUAUGACUGGAAAAUUGGUGAAUUUUGGUACGAUUCUGGAAAGUUCUGGAAAACUGCAAAAAUACCUUAGCUAACGACCAAAAUAAACAGAUUUUUCGGCAAAAAAUACCAUAUGUAAACGUGGAUUUUUGACUGGAAAAUUGGUGAAUUUUGGUACGAUUCUGGAAAGUUCUGGAAAACUGCAAAAAUACCGUAGCUAAGGACCAAAAUAAACAGAUUUUUCGGCAAAAAAUACCAUAUGUAAACGUGGAUUUUUGACUGGAAAAUUGGUGAAUUUUGGUACGAUUCUGGAAAGUUCUGGAAAACUGCAAAAAUACCGUAGCUAAGGACCAAAAUACACAGAUUUUUCGGAAAAAAUACCAUAUGUAAACGUGGAUUUUUGACUGGAAAAUUGGUGAAUUUUGGUACGAUUCUGGAAAGUUCUGGAAAACUGCAAAAAUACCGUAGCUAAGGACCAAAAUACACAGAUUUUUUGGCAAAAAUACCAUAUGGAAACGUGGAUUUUUGACUGGAAAAUUGGUGAAUUUUGGUACGAUUCUGGAAAGUUCUGGAAAACUGCAAAAAUACCUUAGCUAAGGACCAAAAUACACAGAUUUUUCGGAAAAAAUACCAUAUGUAAACGUGGAUUUUUGACUGGAAAAUUGGUGAAUUUUGGUACGAUUCUGGAAAGUUCUGGAAAACUGCAAAAAUACCUUAGCUAAAGACCAAAAUAAACAGAUUUUUCGGAAAAAAUACCAUAUGUAAACGUGGAUUUUUGACUGGAAAAUUGGUGAAUUUUGGUACGAUUCUGGAAAGUUCUGGAAAACUGCAAAAAUACCGUAGCUAAGGACCAAAAUAAACAGAUUUUUCGGCAAAAAUCCCAUAUGUAAACGUGGAUUUUUGACUGGAAAAUUGGUGAAUUUUGGUACGAUUCUGGAAAGUUCUUGAAAACUGCAAAAAUAUCGUAGCUAAGGACCAAAAUACACAUUUUUUUUUGGCAAAAAUACCAUAUGUAAACGUGGAUUUUUGACUGGAAAAUUGGUGAAUUUUGGUACGAUUCUGGAAAGUUCUUGAAAACUGCAAAAAUACCGUAGCUAAGGACCAAAAUACACAUUUUUUUUUUUGGCAAAAAUACCAUAUGUAAACGUGGAUUUUUGACUGGAAAAUUGGUGAAUUUUGGUACGAUUCUGGAAAGUUCUGGAAAACUGCAAAAAUACCGUAGCUAAGGACCAAAAUAAACAGAUUUUUCGGCAAAAAUACCGUAUGUAAUCGCCAGGAUUUCCGGUUAUUGAAAUUUUCCUGAUUUCUUAGUUGCCAAGUUCGUUACCCCCUGAAAAUCCCCCAUUUUUUCGUCCACCCUGUGCACCUUCCCAUUAUCACUCGGCUCAUCAUAAAUUGCACAACAUGUUGACUUUACGGGGUCCACCAUGUUCGUUGUUUUUUUAUGGCUAUGUAAACUAAUUAAUUAAUGAUCUCACAGUCCCCCUAAUCUACAAUUCGACACACAAGAUUUAUGUGUGUGCAAAAGUGGUCGUUAAAAUAUUGUGAGGCGAUAAAACCUGGUGUGUGUUAUCAUGUUAUGUUGCGAAAAUGAAGAGCAGAACACUGUGUUAUCAAGGAAAGGUGGCUAAUUAUAGUUUGGAAUUUGGAAUUUAUGGUAUUUAGUGGGCUGAAGUUAGAGGAACUUGGAGAUCUUAAAGGAAUUUCUGAUAAUUGGGAGGCAUGGCUUCUAGGCGCUCUAUCUAGACUACUUGACAUAGCAACUCUCAAGGCGUCGUACCUAGCCAUAGCGGAUCUCUAGGCGCGGAUCCUUGUCGAAAUGGAUCUCUAGAGGCCAGUCCUAGACAAUCAGGUCUGCUUGAUAAAUGAGGUCUAGAAUUUAAGUUGGGAAGUUAAUUGUUAGUUUCCCAAAAUCCCCAGAAUUUCCACCUUCCUUCCGCUUUUUUCCCAACCCAAAACCCAACCUAUCUCGAUCCGAUAAGAUCAUAGACAAGAAAAACAAUAGGUGUUAAUCGAUGUUGUGCCAAUUGAUGUGUGUUUUUUUUUGUUCACAUCAUUAUUCUUUACCUGCCUGCCUAUUUGUUUUAUCUGAUCUACCGGAAAUUCUCACAGCAAGAUCCCCCGAAAAUAGUUUUUCAUUUCAUUUUGCUGGUCACUUGAUAUUUUUGAUGAUAAGAAUGACACAAAAAAGUGUGACAAAAUGAUCUAAUUAGUUGUAAAACAAUACCGUAGUUUAACACGUUUUAUCGCAAUUUUUGAGACCAAAAUUCGACAAGUUUUUCGGCAAAAAUUCCAUAUGGAAAUGUGGAUUUUUGACUGGAAAAUUGGUGAAUUUUGGUACGAUUCUGAAAAAUGAAAGGUGCAAAAAUACCGUAGCUAAGGACCAAAAUAAACUGAUUUUUCGGCAAAAAUACCAUAUGUAAACGUGGAUUUUUGACUGGAAAAUUGGUGAAUUUUGGUACGAUUCUGGUAAAUGAAAGGUGCAAAAAUACCGUAGCUAAGGACCAAAAUACACAGAUUUUUCGGCGAAAAUUCCAUAUGUAAACGUGCAUUUUUGACUGGAAAAUUGGUGAAUUUUGGUACGAUUCUGGUAAAUGAAAGCUGCAAAAUUACCUUAGCUAAGGACCAAAAUACACAGAUUUUUCGGCAAAAAUUCCAUAUGUAAACGUGGAUUUUUGACGUGGAAUUUGAGAGAUUUUUGACCAAAAAUCACCCAAUUUUUGCAAAUUUCAAAAAGUUACCCUAACUUCCCUAUUUUUGCAGGCCAAAUCAAAAAUUCGAUUGAUGGCGGAGAUGAGGAUCGCGCAAAAUUCACCGGAUUCAUCAUUGUGAAUUUGACAGUUUUGCAGCCGAUUCGAAGGAACAUUUUGGAUUGUAAGCCCAUUUUUCUUCACAAAAAAUGGAAAAUUCAUGAUUUUCAGCUCAAAAAUCGACGCUCUCGCUGAUUUGUGAUAUUUUGGCCACGGCAAAAACUCCAGAAAUUCGCGAAUGUGCAGCUGAUAUUCUCAGAAAUUUGGCUUUUGAUGAUGGUGAGCUCUUUUUUUCCAAAAAAAAAUAGAAAAUAUACUGUAGCCUUCACGGGAUUGGCUAACGGGAUUUGUUUGUUUUCCCCUUGGGAAAAAUAUAUUGAUUUUUGAGGAGAAUCUUUAUUUUCUGAGGAAAAAUUUGAAUUUCGCGCCGAAUUUGAGACAUUUUUGACUGUAGAAUGGGAAAAUCUGAAUAAUUAUCAGUAGAGCGCACUUGGUUUUUCGCCUAUUUUUUUCUAAAAUUUCUGAUAAAAAUUUUGAUUUUUCCUGAAAAUAUGUUGUUUUCAGCUAAAAAUUCGGGAUUUUCAAGAAUUUUCGAAUCGUUUAGGUCCGAAAUUGAAUUUUAGGUUGAAUUUUGAUUUUUGGCUGAAAUUAUGGGUUUUUUUAAAAUAAAAAUUCAGGUUUUUUGUGGUGUUAUGUGUUUUUUUUUAGUAUAAAAAUGCUUUAGGACCUGAGAAAUCACCGAAAAUUGCUAUAGGACCUUGAAAAUCAUUAAAAUAUGAUCUAGGGGCCUAAAAAUCACCGAAAAGUGCUCUAGGUCCGAAAAAAUCACUAAAAUAUGCUCUAGGGGCCUAAAAAUUAUCGAAAAAUGCUUUAGAACCUUGAAAAUCACCUAAAAUUGCUCUAGGACCUUGAAAACCACCUAAAAUUGCUCUAGAACCUUAAAAAUCACAGGAAAAUGCUCUAGAACCUUGAAAAUCACUGAAAAAUGCUUUAGAACCUUAAAAAUCACCUAAACUUUUUCUAGAACCCAAAAAAUCACCGAAAAAUGCUUUAGAACCUUGAAAAUCACCGAAAAAUGCUUCAGAACCUUUAAAAUCACCUAAAAUUGCUCGAGGUUCCAAAAAAGCACCUAAAAUUGCUCCAGGACCUGAAAAAUCACUAAAUUGUGGCCCGGAGCCUUAAAAAUUACAUUAAAUUGCUCUGGGACCCAAAAAACUACCUAAAAUUGCUUAAGGGUCUCAACAAUCACCAUAUUUGAACUUAGCCUAACUCUUUUGCUCGCGCGAAAGCCCCCCCUUUUCAAAUUUUGUUUUAUUUAGUGUCAUUUUUAUUUCAUCUCCUCCUCCUCCUCCUUCUCAUUUUCAUUUUAGUUACUUCAUCUUCCUCGCCUUUUUUUUUUUCGUCUCUUUCGAGGUUGUCAUAAAAUGACGGUAAUAAAGUGGUGUCAAAAAGCUAUAAAACAUGGCCGAAAAUUUUUUUUUUGACGAUGUCGUGUUGAUGUUUCUUCUGUAAAAAGCCGCUCCUAUUUUGGACUAUUAAGAGAGGAAGAUUGGAAUUGGAGAUUAGAAGGAACGGCUUGGAAAUUGUAGGUUUGGCGAUUUUUAGGCUGAAGAUUCAGAUUUUCUGGAAAAUUGUGCUCAAAUUGGACUAUUUUUGGAAUUUUUCUCUCUGCGUCUCUUAGAAGCCUACACUAUUUCGUCCCAGAUACUAUUAUAAAUCAACAAUUUUCGGUAUUUUUCAUCUUGAUACCAAAAAUAUCGAUUUUUAGGCUGAAGAUUGAGAUUUUCCGGGAAAUGUUGCUCAAAAUGGACUAUUUUUUGAUCCUUGGGACUUUUCUCUCUGCGUCUUUUAGAAGCCUACACUAUUUCUUCUCAGAUACUGUAAGUAAUUAUUUUUUCCGGGUUUUUGACUGGAUUUUUGAUAUUUUCGUCUUUAGUAUGAGCUAACAUAGUUUUUUCUCGAAAUUUGGGAUUUUUCAGAAGCUUCUGCUCAAAUUGAACUGUUUGUUGAACUCUUAACAGAAGAUCCGAAUCCCAGAUCUUUUUCCCGUAUUUUCCAUGAAUUUUCAAGCUCUGGCACUUUUUCCGGGAGUUUUAGGGUUCUAGAAAAUUUUUUGCUCAAAAAAUGUUAGGAACUUGGAAGUUCGAAGGUUUUCCUGGAUCACCAGAAUCUCAAAUUUCGAAAUUCUUGCCGAUCUUUUCCACCUUGACCCAUCUCUCGAUUUUCGCGAUUCAAUUUUAUUCGCUUGUCAAUUUAUAGCCCAACAAUUUUUCGUUUUGUUUCUCAAUCAUCACAUCUUCUUCUUCUUCUCAUUUUUUUUCGCAGCCUAGCUGUUUUUCUUCUUCCCUAUCACCAUUUUAUGUAUUUCCGUCGCCGCCACCCUUUUUUUUGUUCAUCUUGGUUAAUUUGAUUACGGUAUCGCUUUUUGCGCCCCCACCGCAAAAAAACAAUGAAGAAUGUUGUUUUUUUUGUGUGUCGCAGUUGUCACUGAAAGUUGAUAAGGUCAUUAAUAUUUUGGGUUUUAGUUUUGUGUCCCGCGCGGCUUGCUUGUUGGAAAAAAUUUGUCGGUGUUCACAUUUCUUUUCAUCAUCUUUUCGCUGAAGUUGUGUGUUUCCACAAAGAAAAGAAAUGAUAAGAAGAAAACCCACAAACUCGUAAACGAGAUUGAUUAAUGUGUCAAAUCAAAUAUAGAUAGAUGGACGAUUUGCGGUAUCUUUUGUAGUUGAUACCCCCAACAAAAAAACUGCAAUUUUUUUUGGCUGAAAGUGAAUUGUUUUUUGGAUACUGUGGUUUUAUUGGAUUGAUAUCGGAAGACAUUUGAUUUUUGGGCAGGAGUGGAACCUGGUCGAGCGCUUUGCGCGAGUGUAAACCGCAAGCUUCCGCUUCAGCGGCCACGUGGAUUAUUUUCACGUGGGAUAUCAGUACGAUUUCCACGUGGAUUACCAAAACAUCGAAAUCGUACUGAUAUUCCACGUCAUAGUUAUCCACGUGGCAAAAUUGAAACCUGGAAAAUGUACGUUUCGAGAGUUUGGUAUUGGAAAAAUUGGAUUUUGGCUUUCGAUAAAACAUCCGGUUGUUCAAAAUCUAAACCAGUAAAUUGUAAAUUUUGAUUGAAUUUUUUGGCUCAAGAUCCACGUGGCUUUGAUCGUCUGGAAAUCCACGUGGCAAAAUGAGAUUUUCUGAAUUUUUUUGGCUGCAAAAUUUCCCUCUAGACUCGGUUUCUCCGGCCUCAAAAAUUUGAUUUUGCUGCUUUCUGAGCCUGUAAGACACCUAUUCCGUAGCUCCACCUCCAGCUCCAGAAUCUCACGAUUUUCGAUUUUGGCAACCCCUCUUCUCUCACCACACAUUAUUAUUUGUCACUGUAAUUUGAUUUGUGGUAUCAUUUUUGUUCGAAUUAUCGUCACUUUUGUAACAUCUACACACAAUUUGAACACUCCUCUUUUUUUUGUCGCCACCACCACAACCCACUAACAACACAACAAAAAACGAGAUUCAGUGUGUGUUUGAAAUGAUAAAAUUUCAACUAAUGCUUUUUGACAGCUGCGGACGGACAGUAGUAGUUAUCAUGUGACACGGAAAAAUUUUGGACACAGAAACAUAAGAAAAUGAUCGAAGAUUGCGGUACAGUAAUCGACGAGCGCAUUUUGUGGAGAGCAAGAUUCCGCGUGGCUCUCCACGUCAUAGUUAUUUUUGAUCCGUAAAGCUGUAGACCGAAAGCUUGUGUGUGUCAGCAGCCACGUGGCUUAUGGCUUCCACGUCAUAGUAAUCCAAGUGGCCGCUAAAGCGGAAGAUAGUGCCGCUAACGCGGAAGCUUGCGGUCUACAAUCGCUUACGCGGAAGCUUGCGGUCUACACUAGCUUUGCACGAGUGUGGACCGCAAGCUUCCGCGUCAGCGGCCACGUGGAUUACCAUGACGUGGAAGCCGGGGCUGAUACUUAUUUCAUAUCAUAGUAAUCCACGUGGCCGCUAAAACGGAAGCUUGCGGUCUACACUCGCGCAAAGCGUGCUCGGCAUUUUCUGUUUCUGUCCAAAAAAACAGAGGCACCUGGUCCUAUUCAGUAAACUUACAAUAACUCAAACUUUGCCACGUCAUAGCUCAUAUUCAGAGAGCUUUAGGUCCCCAAUUUUUCUCCCCCCCAUCCCAAAAAUGUUUCGACUUCCUGUGACAUAUUUGCUGUGUAAGCAGGCAGCACUUGAGAAAAGUAACAACAUUGGGACCUUAGUCUGUCUAAUUUGUGAUGAUGAUGAUGAUGAUGCUCACAGAAUGUUUACUACUUGACCUUUUUUGACUUGCUCUUCAGAAGAAGCCUCACAUACACACACACAACAUUCUAAGAGAAGACAAUAAGUUGGUUAAUCCGCUGAACUGACACUUGAUACCAUAAAGAGCGAGGAGAUGAAACAAGUGUUUUAUUGUUGUUUUUGUUUUUGGAGAAGGUGAGCCAAAAUUGACGAGUUUUUCGGCAAAAAUACCAUAUGGAAACGUGGAUUUUUGACUGAGAAAUUGGUGAAUUUUGGUACGAUUCUGGAAAGUUCUGGAAAACUGCAAAAAUACCGUAGCUAAGGACCAAAAUAAACUGAUUUUUCGGCAAAAAUACCAUAUGUAAACGUGGAUUUUUGACUGGGAAAUUGGUGAAUUUUGGUACGAUUCUGGAAAGUUCUGGAAAACUGCAAAAAUACCGUAGCUAAGACCCAAAAUAAACUGAUUUUUCGGCAAAAAUACCAUAUGUAAACGUGGAUUUUUAACUGGAAAAUUGGUGAAUUUUGGUACGAUUCUGGAAAGUUCUGGAAAACUGCAAAAAUACAGUAGCUAAGGACCAAAAUAAACUGAUUUUUCGGCAAAAAUACCAUAUGUAAACGUGGAUUUUUGACUGGAAAAUUGGUGAAUUUUGGUAUGAUUCUGGAAAGUUCUGGAAAACUGCAAAAAUACCGUAGCUAAGGACCAAAAUAAACUGAUUUUUCGGCAAAAAUACCAUAUGUAAACGUGGAUUUUUGACUGGAAAAUUGGUAGAUUUUGGAUCAAGACCUGGAAAAAUUUUAUAAAAAUAGUUCAGUCCUCAAGUUUUGGGGCCCCAAAAAUACCAUAUGUAAACGUGGAUUUUUGAGGCCAAAACUUAUCCUGAGCUAGAGAAAUCCUGGAAUGCUGACAGAAAGAAUCGUUAAAAUUCAGGCUGAAUCCAGAUCUUCCCAAAAUUACCGUAACCCUACUCUAUCCCCCCCCCACGCUUUUUUUGCUGACACACCUGUACUUCUUCUUCUUCUCCUUCUCCUUGUUAUUUUUAUUAUCUACAAGUGCGCCAAAUCUUUUUUUGCUUGUUAGCGGACCGGGGAAAUUAAGUACUUGUAAUUAGAUACGACCAGGUGCAAGUCGUUUUUUGAAGAGAGCCGCGCGGUUUUUUUCAAAAUUGUGGUACGGUAGUUUAGAUAACUCUGGAAGUUAGCUAAAUUCUUAAGGAUAACUUAAGGUUAAGUAUGAGUAAUAAGUUAAAUAGCUAAAAAUCACUAAAUUAGAUAACUAUUCCUAAACUCUAAGUAAUUAGGUUCUUAAUAGCUCCCAAUUAGAAUUAAAGACCUAGAAGUUUGAAUUAGGUAAACUCUCUAAUAAUUUUUAAAAUUUAAGUUUUGCUAGGGAAGAGUUCUAACGCUAAUUAUAAAGUUUUAACUCUUCAUUAGGGUCCUUAAGGUGAACCUACGGCCUAACCUUAGUUUACCCCAAAGUCCCCCUCAUAACCACCUCAGUUUUCCCAAUAUUCUUUUUCUUCUUCUUCUUCUUCCACCUGGGCACCUGGCGAUAAAAAUCAACCGCCGCUCGAACACAAAAAGUUACAAGUGUCGUUAACUGGUUGAGUUGAUGAUGAUUAUUGUAUGUGUGUGGUAAUUGGAUACAUGACAUGUGUUUUUUGUCGGAUAGAAGGUGUUGUUUGAAGUGGCCGAUUUCUGAUUUUAGAGAGGAGAUAAGGGGGAAUCUGGAAAUCAUUUUUGAGAAUUUAGUUUCCUGAAAUAUUAUUAGGAUCUAAUCUAAUUAAAUUGAAGUUAACAAACUGAAAAAAAUGUUUCUAGAAUUUCCAAUUUUAAUGAAACGUAUUUUUUCGAGGUUCCAAAAAAAAAUUUUUUUUUGAAUAUUUUGACACUUUCCGGCUGAAUUCUAAGUGGUCUUCUGAAGUUCCAACAAAAAACUCGAAGCUUUUCACGUUUUCCAGAAGUUCUAGUAACUCUGAAACUCUCUGAUCCCUCAAGUUGUAUCCUGAUCUUCCUCAGAUCCCUCGAAGUUUCCUGAAGUCUUUCUUGCAGUUCUGAACGAGCUUCUUCUGAUUUUGUUCUUAAGUUCCUCUAACUUGAUUUGCAAUCAAUUACGCAAUAAUUAAUAUUGUGCUAAUUGCCUGAGCUCUUUUUUCAAUAGACUUUUUUGGAGCAAAAAUUUCUUGAUCUCUAGAAGCCUCUGUAGAAGUUCUGAGUUACCGUAACCCUAAGUCCCUAUUCUCAACUUGUUUUCUGUCCUUUCUUCUUCUUCUUCUCCACAGCCGCCAUAAAAAAGUGCGCGAGAAACUAAUCAGCGGAUCAUAAAUAAUUGGAUUCGAAACAAGCAUAGCCCAAACAUAUAAGAAGAAAGACGAAGAAGAAAUAACAAUUUGUAACAUAUUCCAUAAAUCAUAUGGAGGUCGCGCACCCCCUCUCCGCCACACACACAAAAACUAACUAACUAAACGACAUUGAUUGAUACUUUGUUGGUUUUUUUUUGUGUUGCGUUGGACGGAUGACUUUAUCAUAUUUGGAAGAAACAAAGAGAAGAAGAAGAAGAGUGCGACCGCCGGGUGGUAUUGGUUUUUGCUGUGAUGAUUUAUGGGUUUUGCGUUAGGCGAUUUUGGUAGUGUAGUUUUAGAAGACCUGAAAAUCCACGUGGUGAACUUCGAUUCUUAAGCCCACGAAAAUCCGCGUGGCAACUUUUCUGAAUAGAAUUCGAUUUUCUGACGCAUGAAGCUCUGAAGAUAUUUUGAGCUAGAGAAUCCACGUGGCAAAAAUUCUACCUUGAAAAUACUCGUGUUCUUGGCUCCGAAACUGGACCUGAAAUCCACGUGGCAACAUUUUUUAGCAGAAAUUCCUAAGCUUUCAAUCGUCUAGAAUCGGAUUUCCUCAAUUUUGGAGCCCAAAUUCCACGUGGCAAAAAUUUUACACGAUAUAAUUUUGAGCACAUUAUUUAUUUUCUUCCGGAUUUUUAGGGCUCAAAAUGCCACGUGGCAAGUUUUUGGCAGGCACAGAAAAUCCGAUUUUCUCUCAUUUUCCACGAAUUUGAGUUCCAAAAAUCCACGUGGCAAUUUAAUCUUGAAAUUCUGAUCUGAAAAUAUCCACUGCAAAGUUUUUGAAGUUAGGCUAUCUCACAGGAUUUUGGUUGCAGAAUCCACGUGGCAAUUAUUUUUGCUAUGAAAAUUGGAUUCUCAAAAUUUCGUCCGGACUUUUUUUUUGGUACACCGUGCUCAAGAAUCCACGUGGCAAUGAAUCUUCGUCCUCAAAGUUUCUAGAAUGAGAAUUCCACGUGGCAACAUUUCGACAUGAAACUUUCAUAUCAGAAAUUCCGGAAAAAUCCCCCAGUUUUUCUGAAAAUCUAUUUUUUCAACUAGUUUUGGAGCUUCCUCCUCCCAAAGUGUUUUGGCGUGACUUUUCGAAUUUGAAAUUCCACAUCCGUUUUGCGCCAUCCACGAUUUCCUGUGUCGAAUUUCUCACCAUCUCUGUGACAAAUUUCACGACUUGUUUCAUCUGUCCCUCUGGUUUUCUCAUUUCAUCUCACACAAAUUGUGACAAGAAAAGUGAUAUAUCUAUGUAGCUAUCUAGCUAUUGAUAGAGAAUAUUUGCACAGGUUGUGUGUGUGUAAUGAUGUGGUAGUAAAUGUAGUAGAAACAUCAUCAGAGAGGAGAGGAAAAAGAUAUUUUAUUAUUGGAGAAUAGGAGGUCAUAAAGAAAUGGACUAAACAUAUUGUGUCCUCAUAAUAAUAUCAUCUUUUUCUUCUUUUGCCUUUGGCUUCUCAAAUUUCUCGUGUUUUGAUAAAGUGUUGGCUGAUUUAUUAGUUGGUGUUGUUGGCCCAGUGACAACAGCUGUGUGAAUUUUGAAAUUGCGUGUGAAAUUUUGGGCCUGGGCUUCGAAAUCUGGAUUCAGAAUCUGAAGUUUCGUACAGUUGUGAGUCGAAAUUUGAAAUUUUUUUAGCCUGGAAGGCUUAGGCCUAGUUCUAGAUGGUCUAGAUGUUUCUAGAUCUCGAUCCUAGAUCUUUCUAGCAAGUUUGGUAAUUUCCGCAGCUCUUAAAAGAUACCCUAACUUCUCUGGAAGGUUAGGAUAACUUUUGAGCUCCUCCUGAAGUCUUGCUGGAUUUUUGAAGUUCUGAACUCCAAUCUGGAAAUCUAUUUGAAUCACAUUCGGAAAUCCGAGCUUCUUCUGAUUUUGUUCUCAAGUUCCGCUAACUUCAUUUGCAAUCAAUUACGCAAUAAUUAAUAUUGUGCUAAUUGCACUGGGCUCAGUUUUCAACAGGUCUUUUUGGAGCGAUAAUUCUAGACCUCCCAUUGAAGUUUCAGGAACUUCUGAUCUUUCCUCGGAUUUCUUGAAGUUCCUGUGGUCCUCAAAGAGCCGGGGCUCAUAAUCCAACAAUUCUGAUCUUGUUAGCCUAUAUUCCUAGAUCUUCUCAGCCCAGCUUCCUGAAUUCUUCCUAGAUCUUCCCUCGAAGUUCCUCUCCUGAAACUUCUGAUCCUUUUAGCCUAGCUUCCUGAAUUCUUCCUAGAUCUUCCCUCGAAGUUCCUCUUCUGAAACUUCUGGACCAUCCAAGCUCCCCCAGUUUCCAAGUUGCUCUCAUAUUUUUGAUUCCCUGUGACCCCAUUCAUCAUCUCAUUCGAUCAUAAAAAUGUAGAGACAUAUAAUAACUUUUUGUCUCCCCCCCCUUGUUCUUCACAACAUAAUAACAACAAAACAACAGCUGGUCCUUCGUUUUGGUUCCAGCCUUGUCGUGUUAUUCAGUUGGUUUGGUUACAGUAUGGAAGGUGUCGAAUCGCAAGAUUUAUGUGAAAAUGAAGCAGGUUGUAAGAGAGAAGCUCUGAGAGCCGCAAAAGCUUGAAGAGACUAGGAACAGGUGUAAAAUGUCUCGUGUUCUUUUCGGCACCCCUACAAUUGAUAAAUCGCUAAUUAACAUGUGUUGUUUGGAUUGGCAGAGCUCAGGAACUCUUUUUCUUUCCCUGAGAGCAAUUAUCGUUGUUAUUAUUAUUAUAGCGAUAAUUGUUAUGGGAAGGUGGAUUACGGUAGAUAAAUAUUAUUUGGAGAUAUUGCGUAAUGCGCGAAAAUUGACACUGUUUUGGACAAUAUUUUGGUGGUUGCGUAAGAGGAUUUUGAACUUUUUAAGUGGAAAAGUUAUCAUAACUAGAAAUUGUACAGAAGCUCGACAUUUUGAUGUUUUUUGUUGUUCAAGUCGAAAAACUAUAAUUUUUUCCGAUUUUUUUUCAUUUUUGUGUGAAAAAAAAUGUCGAAAAAUGGGAAAAAUAUAGUUUUCGACCAUUUUUUGUUAAAAAAAAAGGUUUUUAAUCAUUUUUUUCGUACGGUUGGUAUGCUUAUGGGAAGUUAGGCUAACUUUGUCUCUAUGCGAUGGUCCGCUCUGAUGUUUUUCGAUGUUCUUUAUCUUGGCUCAUGUAUUUACGGGUGAAGAUUCUGGAUUGAAAUAUGGAGAUCUAAAAUUUCGUUUUGAUCGAUUUUUCUUGGUUUUCGUCAGGUUCCGAGUUGAAAAAUUGAUUUUCUUGAUCCUCGCUUGAACCUGAACAGAAGGCUAUUUUCAUCUUUUAGGCUUCAGGGCCCACUUUGGCCCCUGAAGCCUAACGGCCCCUUUUCCGAACAAAUCACACUUUCCUGUUACUAAACCACCGAUUAGCCCUAUUCCAUCAUCCAUAAAUCCAUUGCGCAACCCGAAAAUUGUCGAAAUUUGAUCUACCCAAAAUAUUGUCUCUGUUUUUAUUUACCUAAUUGCGUAAUGAGGUAAACUUUGCUUCUGACUCUCUGGAUUUUGUCUUGUCCGAGAGAAGUACACAAGUUAGACCGCAAGCUUCCGCUUUAGCGGCCACGUGGAUUUAGGAACUAUACUAAUAGUUUAUAUGUCUCCUCCGAGAGAAGUACACAAGUCUGGUGACUUUCCGAGCGCUUUGCGCGAGUGUAGACCGCAAGGUUCCGCGUCAGCGGCCACGUGGAUCAUUGUGCCAUCGGACCCGUACUGAUAUUCCACGUCAUAGCAUGCCACGUGAACCGAUUUCGUCUUGUUCGAGAGAAGUACACAAGUCUGGUGACUUGCCGAGCGCUUUGCGCGAGUGUAGACCGCAAGCUUCCGCCUCAGCGGCACUGUCUUCCGCUUUAGCGGCCACGUGGAUUUGGAAACUAUACUGAUAAUAUUCCAUAUGUCUCCUCCAAAAGAAGUACACAAUUCUGAUGACUUGUAAAAAGUCCCUCCCGCGUCGCUUCUUCUUCAUUCAUCUCGUUUUAAAUUCGACUAAUUUUUGGCGAGUCUCAAAUUUCACCUCCUCUCUUUUCCUUUUUUGUCCACAAACUUCUCUUCUCUUUUUGCCUCCACACAAAAACAAUAACAAAGAGAAGACAAUUGAAUUGGAGUGUUGUGUUUAAAAUGAGCAAUGAGCCAAAGAAAAACGGGAGAAAAUGAUGCAAAAUUUGAGAAGUUUUGUAUCUCAAAUAUACAACACCAAUUUUGGACUCCUUGUUGUAUAAAUGAAUAAAUAAAUACCUAAUUAACCACCCCUAACAGAUUGUGCUCCAGUUUUUCGUCCCCCCAAGUUAGCCUAACUUACAGUAGACCCCUUUUCCGACAACACAAAGUAAUUUGGAGACCCGAAUCCCUUGGGCAUUUUUAGCACAAAUUGUUUGUGAGAAAAUGAAGAGCUGAUUUGGGGAGGUUGUUAGUUGAGACAAGUUUUUUGUGAAGUUUUGGGAGAUGGGCUACGGUAGGCAGGACCACCCAACGAGGCUCCGCGUUUACGCUGCUGAAAUUUCGCCACGUGGUUUUGAUCUUGAAGUGAAAUCUACGAGGAUUGAACAUCUGAAAUUCAUAGACGAACGAUGCUCCGACUUUACGCGGGAUUUUCGUCAUGAUUCCUACGAUGCUCCAGAUUUACACCUUGAUUUCUUGAACUAGAAGGAUCCUCCGUGAUUUUUCUUGAAGUCUGACCCAACAAGACUCCGCUUUGACACCUUUGAAUCAUUCCAACGAUGCUCCGGGUUUACACCCUCGAAAUUCCGUUCUCAAGCCGAAUUUUUACGAUGCUUCGGGUUUACACCUUCAGCUAGUUUCUAAACGUUGCUCCGGGUUUACACCUUUGAGCCCUUCUAAUUUCAUCCAACGACAAUCCGCUUUGACACCUCGAUUCUAGAUGUUUAACAGCGAAGCUUGAAAAUUCAGAUUCUAACGAUGCUCCGCUUUUACACCCCCCUUUUUUCCCAAAGUCCAGAAAUUUUUCUGAACUUUUUUCACUAUAGAUUUCGAUCUUUCCACCAAACCUAGAUUGUUCCUAAUUCGAAUCUCUAUUUCCAGAUGUCCACCCGAUUCUUCUCGAUCAAUCUGAUGAAUAUCUGUGCGCAAUUCUGGCUCCACUAAUGGAUCUCAAUGAUAAUUUGGACGAUGACGAGAUGUCGAAAUUGCCCAUCAGAUUGCAAUAUUAUGAUAAGGAGCGAGAGAGGAGCGAGAUUGUUAGGCAGAAAUUGGUCGAGGCACUUUUUCAGGUAAAAAUUAUGAAGCUGGUCUGGAAUUUUGGGGGAUUCCACGUGGAUUUUGAUGGUGUUGAAAAUUUUAUAAAUAAAAAAUCAAAUUCGGAAAAUCCUUGAAAAUCUCAGAAAAAAAACAUUUGCUGGAAUUUUGAUCUGGAAAAAAUCCACGUGUAACUCUGAAAAUCGGGAAAAAUCCACGUGAAAAUUGUGAAUUUCAAAAAAAAAAUUCAAAUUUUUCACGAAAACUUGAAUCUAGAAUGAAAAUCCACGUGGAUCUUGAAAUCUCUCAAAAUUCAAAAUUUUUGUGGAACAAUUUUGAAAGAUUUUUUUACACGUGGAUUUUUUCCAGCUCAAAAUUCCCGAUUUUCAGAGUUACACACGUGGAUUUUCAGAUAAAAAUCCAGCAAAUGAUUUUUUUUUGAGAUUUCAGGAUCCACGUGGAUUUUCAUUCUAGAUUUAAGUUUUUGUGAAAAUUUCGAAAAAAAUUUUUUUUUUUUGAAAUUCACAGUUUCCACGUGGAAUUUUUAGAUUUUUCAGCGAAAUCCUGAUUUCAGUGUAAAUUUUCGGAAUCCUCGAUUUUAAGAGUUCCACGUGGAUUUUUUUCCUGAAUUUAAUUUUAGGUCAACCUUAAGCACGUUAAGGUCCCCAUUUUUAUUUUUUCAAAAAAAAAAAAACGAAAAAUUAUUUGACCUAACUAACUAACAAGGCUUGCUUUCAUUCUUCUUCUUCUCGAUUUCAAUCUUUCUUCUUAAUUUCUCGCUGUUUUCUAGUUGUCUUAUUUCAAAUUAGCAAGAAACUGGCGAAAAAUUAAUGAAGCGUGUUGGUUUUUUUUUCGAUGAUGAACAAUUAUAUUUGCGAGAUUUUUAUCAGUUUUGACAGAAAAUGUGUGUUUUUUUCGGAAAAAUUACACUGGAAAUUGAAUUUUGAGCUGAAAAUUUGAUCUAGAAUUAAUUUUUGAGCGAAAUUAGACUGGAAAUUCGGAAUUUUUAACUCAUUUUCAGAUAAUUUUGCAGUUUCUAGGCUUUUUUAGGUCUGAAAAUUCCAGAAUUUUUGAAAAAUUCCCCCCAAAACCUUUUUAUUUUCCAGCUUUGCGCCACCAAACAUGGCCGUGAACAUUUACGACAAAAAGGAGUUUAUCCAGCGAUGCGAGAAUUGGAUAAAUCUGGAGAAGCCCAAAAUGCUGGCCCGGACUCCAAAAAAGCCCGAACUCUUUUGAGCUCCCAGGAAGAGCACACACUUCACGCGCUGAUUGGAAUCUUGAUUCGAUAUGAAGAUGAGAUGGAUGUUGAUCCGAGUCUGGCGACAAUUCGACAUUUGGGACAGGCCUAG